AUGGACUGGACUUGGUUUUCAACUGCGCCAAAUGCGAUUGGAAUCACUGCAGCCGUUUUACUAUGUUACUGCGUAAAGAAAUUUGUCUUCACUUCCAGCCAGUGGAGGUCUCCUUUUGCUGAGGAUUCAAGGGCUCCUUUAACUCCGCUGGAAAUCGACCAAACUAAACGCGACGAAGUCUUAAAAAGAGCGUUUACUAAGCAGCUGGCCACUGAGAAGAAAUGGGACGCCAUAGUCAUAGGAUCCGGAAUAGGAGGGAUGUCCACUGCAGCGCUACUAAGCAAAGCCGGAAUGAAAGUGUUGGUUCUAGAAAAGCACUACAAAUGUGGCGGGGCCUGUCACACUUUCAAAGAGCAAGGCUACGAAUUCGACGUCGGAAUUCACUACGUGGGCAAUUUCAUCCGCCCAACCCUGGCUCGAACCCUUGUGGAACAAAUCACUGACGGGCAAAUCCAAUGGGCUCAACUAGGUUAG